UUUCCAUUUCCAAUUCCGUCGAAAUCACAAUCCCUCUCUCUCCAAGUCUCGAAUCAAUCCUCAAACAGUGUAGGGUUAGGGGUUGGAACAUGGAAGAUAGGAGAGAGACCAGGACUCAGCUCCUUUGAAUUCUUUUGAGCUGAGGAAGGUUGGCGUAAAAGCCAUGGUUCUUGAUUCCAUUUUGUCUUCUCCCCAUAGGAGGUCUCCAUCAUUCAGAAGGCAAUUUCCCAGAGACGAACUGGGUAGUUGGUCGACCCUUGUUCGGAGACAUCGUUUCCUUCUAACAGCACUCAUUUUGCUUACUUUCCUAUGUACUAUUUAUCUUUACUUUGCUGUCACUUUGGGGGCCACUAACACCUGCUCAGGAUUGACUGGGGCUAGGAAAGCUUCAUGCCAAUUGGAGCGUGCAAAGAGCUUCAUGGGCAAGAGCAAAUUAAAAUUUUUCUAAUAUUUGAAUAAAGAAUUAUGGUUGAAUUGGCUAUCUCUUUCAAUUCUUUCAAGGUUAGUUGAUAUGAAGCUGGAAUAUAUAUAUAUAUAUAGCCUUUAGCUACAUGAUAUCUACCAGUUGCACGAAUUAGUGUUCUUGAGCACCAGCAUAUACGAUAACAAAUAUAACAUUGAGAGAGUGAGAGAAAAGAAUAAACUUAAAAGU